AUGCACAUCCCGAUCAUUUUUCCUCUCCUCUCCCUUCUCCCUCUCACCACGGCCUUCCCUUCCUCUCCCUACAACACAUCAACGUGCACCCGUACUACUCCUGACUACACCAACUGCUCCCCCUUGCAAGGCUCCAACUCCUCCUCAGCUAAGCAAUGCCCGCACCACUACACGUUCCCCGAGUUCGCACCCGGCACAGGAUCCAACCGCCAGCCGUACUUCCGUUUCCUGAUUCUCUUCAAGUUGAACCCGGAUCUAUGCGAAGAGCAGGCGCACGAGCACUGGCAGACCGUACAUGCGGAUUUGACACUUGCGGCAAAGAAUACAGGCGUAUUGAUCGAGAGAUAUGUGCAAUUUCACGCCGAUCAAGAGCACAAAGAUGCAAUCCAGAGUCUCGUGGAUACAGCGAGUGUGGAGGUUGCACCGUAUGAUGGGAUUGCAGAAUUCCAUGCUAAAGACGCUGCAUCGGUCCUGAAGUUCAUUGACAAUGCUUUCGGAGAUGAUCAGAUUGUGAGGGAUCAGGGGUAUUUUGUGAAUGAGGGGGAUGAAGUUGCAGGUUAUGGCUGGUAA